CUGUUGCAAUUGGAACGUAACAUUUGGCUUUGUGUUUACGUCAUGUCAAGCCAUAAUGUCUCGCUCAAGUCAAAGUUGAUAAGUGUUGGCUUUACGUGUUAUAGGGACUUUUGGUUGUUUGUUUUUAAAGUGCAACCUUUAGAGUUCAAUCGUGAUAGUUUGAAGUUCCAGUUAACUAUCAGUAUGACUAUUUAGACUCUACAUACAAAUAAAAGCCGGAGCUAACAAUCGAGAAGAGCAGCAUGACUCCGCUAGUGACACCAGCCUUAGUCCUACUGGUCACUAUAUUUGUUUGUUACUUAAGUCACUUGCUAUGGAAACGAAAGUUCGACGCCAUGAAAGACAAGACGUGUGGUCUCCCUCUUCCCCCUGGAGACAUGGGCUGGCCACUCAUUGGACAAAACCUCCAGUUUGCUUGGAAGAAAGCUCAGUUUUUUGUUGACAAUUUUCUCCAAUACGGUAAUAUCUACAAGACCCACAUCUUUGGCAGUCCGAUGGUCAGGCUAACUGGGGUUGAUUACAUCUGGCCACUGGUCAGCAGAGAAUCUCAGUUACUGUCAAUGAAUGUACCCAAAUCGAGUCGAGUUAUGUUUGGAGAAAACAGCCUUGUCAUCUACACAGGUGUGGAGCAUUUCAAACUGAAGAAAAAACUGUUGACUGCCUUUACUCCAGUCAGGCUGAACGACUAUUUGCCUUGCAUACAAGAACACAUCAGGAGGCAUUUGCUGGCCUGGUGCUGUCAGGGUAGAAUGCUGGCGUUUCCCGCAUGCGAGAAGCUGAUGGCGGACAUCAUGGUUGAGAUCACGUUGGGAUGCCGCAAGGAACACGAUCCCGAUGGCCUGGUGAGGGAAUCUUUCAGAACCGUGAACAAGAAUUUGAUUAGUCUACCUCUCAGUGUUCCUGGAUCAGGGUACUAUCAGGCUCAGAAAGCGAGGAAAGUCUUAGUCGAGUUCAUCCUAAACAGGUUGUCCCAAAGAGGUGACACAGAUCACAUCAGCAUGCUAGAUGUUUUACUGGUCAAUCAAUCGUUGGACAACACAGAGGCUGACAAUGGUGGUCUCAGUCGCGAGGAGAUCGUCGACAAUGCAUUAACAACACUGAUCGCAGGUUCAGGAACCACUUCUGGCGCACUUAGCUGUUUGAUACUCAUGCUGGGUAAAUACCCGGAUGUACUGGAAACUCUUCGCGCUGAAUUGAACAAGAAAGGAUUGCUGCAUGCAGACAAAACAGUGCCUCUGUCUUACGAGAACAUAUUGACACUAGAGUAUACUCAGUGGAUCAUAAAGGAAGUUUUAAGGCUCCUUCCUCCAGUGGGAGGCGCUUUCCGAAAAGCCGAGAAGACUCUGGAACUUGGAAACUACCAGGUCCCAAAAGGAUGGUCGGUCAUGUACAGCAUCAGAGACACACACAAUACUUCAGACUUGUUCCAUGACAGAAACUUGUUCUUACCUGAACGUUGGCAGGACACAACAUUGCAGACAACUCUUCGCAAGCCUGAAUCCUGUAGUUAUAUCCCCUUUGGAGCUGGCCCUCGUUCAUGUCUAGGAAAGUCUCUUGCCGUCUUGGAGAUGUCAGUGUUUCUGAUUGAGUUAGCUCGUCUGGUGGACUGGGAGCUGCACAACCCUGCCGCUAACAUGGUCUACUUGCCGGUGACCAAAUGUGAGGACGAUCUGCCGGUGACCUUUCAUCUUCGCCAAUAAUCACUUCUAUUGUGUGAGGUAGACAGAGAAGUUACUCAUAUCUUGUUGUCUGUUGCUAAGGGAAUCCAUUUUGUUUUGUGUGUGAUAUUUAUAACAAAUUGGGCAUUAUGUCAUGUGUUAUGAUUUAGUAAGAGAUUGAAAGAGAAUCACAUUCCCAGAGCAAACGCUGAUCAACUAAUCGUACCUUAAUUUGCCACAUUCAACGAGCAAGAAAGAACGACCAUCGUAGUUUGCUACAUUAAUGCUACUUUAAAGCUACUUUAUUGCUGCUUUAAAGCUACUUUGAAGCUACUUAAAGGCUACUUUAAAGCUGCUUUAAAGUUACUUUGAGGCUAAUUCAAGUCUAUUUUAUGGCUGCUUUAUAGCUACCUAUUUGCUUGCUUCAAUGCUACUCUAAAUCUACUUUUUUCCCCUGAAAAUUAACACUUUUUAUAAUCAAGUUGCUAAAUCCAAAUUGAUUCCAUUAGGUUUCAUCACUAUAUCCAAAUUGUUUUCUAUCUGUAAGAAAAUAUUGAACUCUCAACGUAGUGUUGUGGGGUAACAAACUUAAUUGAAAGUAAGAAAUCCCGAUAGUACCACCUUAAAAUUAAGACAAUCAAUAUUUCAAUUGUUCCUUUAGGUUUUAUUUUUAUUAAAAAAAAAAAGAAAAAUGUAAAAAAAUAAAAGAAAGGAAAAACCGUUGUAAAGGUAAGAUAAAGUUAACUCAGUGAAAUAAUUAACAUGUGCUUAGAAAUUAUCCAAAAGUUCAUGAACAAAGAGAGUUCCAAAACAAAAAAACGAAGUAAAAAGUUUGCUUGACAGUGCAAGAAUAUUGGAGACAUCUGAAGCAAAGUUACUUGAAGUUAGCUGCUUCAAGAAUUUAUGCAGGCCACUAAUCUCAGAAUCUGUGAAUUAUAAGAUAAGAUAAAAGUGUGGAGUCAUAAGAAUAACAAAAAUGUUCAAGCACGAACAAUUUCAUUCAUUGAAAUAUAGAAAUCAGAAGCUGUGUCAAUGAAAAAACAAACAAACGGAUAAUCAUACAUUCUUAAAUGCGAAUGUGUGUGAGGCUAUUUUCGUGUUUUGAAAUCUUGUCUAAUGAAUGACUUUGUACGGCGCUCUGUUUGGCUAUGGGCUGAAACAACCGAUUGAAAUUCCAGAUGUCAAAUGAUAGAAAUCUUCACUUUUAGAAAACCCGCUCGUCGUGACGUAUUCAAUCCAAUGGAAGAUGCUUUCAGAAGAACUUUUAGCAUACAUGAAAGAAGAAACAAGAGCACGAAGAUUCUGGUGAGUUCCUUUGGCUACCACUGGAUAAAGUUCAUUAAUAACUACGACAAAGUCAAAGGAAAUAAAACAUUGCGAUACAGUUCCUAUGGACUAAUUGUAAUGACCUACUAAAUAAAUGACAUAGACGCUACAGUUCAGCUCCUGUUGGCUAGGUCGAACGUGGUAGACAAAAGACACUCUGUACUAGGAUGAAACUCCUGGUGACUUUUGUCCAACUAAAUGCAUGUCACACAUUAAGAAAAACCUGCUUGAUGCAACUACCGGUGAGAUGUUGUAAGCUUCUAAUAGGUUCCAAAUAAACUUAAAGAGUAUCAGUUAGAUCUAAUGGUUGUGUUCCAGUCUAAAUCACUUUGCGUGACGUCAAGUAACUCAUUAGAAAAUACAACAUCAGGAUGAAUCUCCCGGUGAGAGGAUUAAUAAAGAUGAAAGUCAGAAAUCGUAUUGCUUCCCUAACAAGAUCGCAACCUUAAGAAAUGCUCUUUAAAGUUUUGAAUACGCCCUGAAUGUACUUUUACAUUAUUUUUUUUCUCGUUCUGUUUAUAACAAACUGAAAGGAAUUUUUAUUGGUUCAUUUCUUACAAUUGGGAAAUAUUACCUUCUGUUCAGAGCACAAACAAAAUAGUUUGUAGUUCUUUAUCCUUGGACAUUUAGUUCAACUCUGAGACACGUAGCGUGCACUUAGUUUAGGAUUAAACACAACAUAUGGCUAGUUUAUCGACAAGCAUAUGGACACGUAUCUCUAUUUAUUAUCUCUAUUUAAUGAUUACAUUCUAUUGACACAACCCAGAACCAGGGUCGGAUUUACACUUGAUAAGCCCUAAGCUAUUUGAGAUGAGGAGAGCCUAGUAGUCAGCAUAACGCAUUUGUUCCUUAGCUAGUAUCCCUUGAACUAUUUUUGAGGGGACCCCCAAAAAGUUUCGUCCCUAAAGUCAUAGCUUACAUUUCCUAGAAAUAAAUGCAGCUCUUCAGAGAACCAAAAAAGCCUAAAUCAUGUUGUACCUAUAACCUUGUUGCAGUCAAAGGUAGGCCUACUUACUUUCUUUUUUGUGCAUUUUAUCGAAGGCCGUGCAAGUCGUAGGACCCGCGGGCCCAAUCGUGCCAAUACAAAAUACGUUUUUAAUUAGGUUCACAAAUCUUCCGAUAAUUCAAGUUGACCCAUCUCAGAAACCUUAUCGCAAACUUAGUAUCGAGUCCAUGUUGAGUACAUUAAGAUCAACUUACUGCCACAUUCUUGCCUCACAGUUGUAACAGAAUGUAUUGUGUGUAUGUUCAGAAUGUAUUGUGUGUAUGUUCAGAAUUUAUUGUGUGUAUGUUCAGAAUGUAUUGUGUGUAUGUUCAGAAUUUAUUGUGCGUAUGUUCAGAAUUUCUUGUCUGUAUGUUCAGAAUUUCUUGUCUGUAUGUUCAGAAUUUCUUUUCUGUAUGUUCAGAAUUUCUUGUCUGUAUGUUCAGAAUUUCUUGUCUGUAUAUUCAGAAUUUCUUGUCUGUAUGUUCAGAAUUUCUUGUCUGUAUGUUCAGAAUUUCUUGUCUGUAUGUUCAGAAUUUCUUGUCUGUAUGUUCAGAAUUUCUUGUCUGUAUGUUCAGAAUUUCUUGUCUGUAUGUUCAGAAUUUCUUGUCUGUAUGUUCAGAAUUUCUUGUCUGUAUGUUCAGAAUUUAUUGUCUGUAUGUUCAGAAUUUAUUGUGUGUAUGCUCCUGUAUGUGAAUGCAGGUGUAAUUUUGAUCCAUUUUUAACCUACAUGUUCAAAACAAACUUAAGGUUGAGAUUAUGAUUACGAUUAUGGCUUAUAUUUAUGUAUAUGUAUUAUAUUUAAAAUAUAAACAUGUCUGUCUAUUUUACACAUGAGCAUUAUUAUAUCAUGUGUGUUAUUGUUAAUUGUUUUAUUAUUUUGUUUACUCCCAUUGUAGUCUGAAAAAACACUGUGGGCUUAUAUAUUCUAUCUAUAUAUUGUGUUCAGUGAUUGAUGUAAACAUGUAACUCUGUGUUCUAUCUGUAUUUCACUAUGCAGAUUUAACCGCGAAUCUAACACGUGCCAUAGGAAUGCACUUCUCUUAUGUUGUCAAAGAUUCGGAACACUGUUAACUGUGUACGAUCUCCCUUCAAACCAAAUUAGAUUUCAAGGAGAAAGGGAAGUAACAAGUAAAUAGUAGUUCUGCCUUUGACAACCACGAGUUGUGCUUUGUACCAUAGAUUAAUGGAUUAUAAUGUAAAUAUUAAGAACAUACUUUUUUUUGUUUUUUUUUAAAAUUAUUGUUCAAACAUACACAUUUUAUAAAGCUGUAAAUAUUUCUUUUAUUCUGUUUCUGCUCGACUGAUUUGUAAUAAGUAAUUCAUAUAAUAUAUUAGUGAGUGAUUGGUGAUUGACAUAUCUAUCACAGUAAAGUAAGGCUUUGACACAUGAUCAUCUCAAACUUUGUGAUAUAUAUUAUGUUUCAAUACAAUUGUCAAGAUUGUAUUUCAAAUAGUAGUUUUUCAUCUUAACAUACUGCAACAAUAAAGUGACCUUUGAAAAUGCUCCAAAAGCAAAGGGAGACAAACUGAUCGUAAUGAAAAAUAAAAAAGAAGGAUGUAGGCUUUUCCCAUUUUUGUUACAAAUACAAAAGGUCACGGGAAGAUAAGUAUUCACACAGUUUCUCACCAGUUAAUGAAAGAUUCUAGAGUUCCUUAUUAUUUAUGAAUGCAAAGCAAGCUUCAAUAAUUAGAACAAUAUGAAUAUUACAGUGGAAUGAUUUGGCAAGGUAUUUUAAAUCACAAAUACAUGUUAGUUAAUUAUAUCACCAAUCAAGAACACAUCUCUAUUGUAUUUUCAUUACAUCAGUUUCUUAUGCUUUUUGUCAAUUACACGAAAUAACUUGUGGUUAUAGACCAAGAACUUCAUAUUUUUCCAACCCAUUUACCAUCAUUCUGUGAAAGUUAUUUGGAGACAAGUCUUACUUAUGUGACAACUCCAUGUUAUUUGAUCCUUCGGUCUUAGGGACAAUAUUUAUUGUUUCAGGUCUGGUUGAUUAAAUAUUAAUUCUUCUGUUCAACAUUUCAAAGAGAUGCAUAAAUAACAUUACACACGAGCGUAUUUACGUGUUUAUUUUGGUAAAAGUGUUUUUGUUUGUUUUAAGCUGGAGUGUAUACAUCAUUAGUAAAUAUAUUUAAAAAAUUGACGAUUUACCUCCCUUAAUUACUUGUACAAUGUCUAUCUCUUCUGAUGUGUCAGGAUGUUUGCUUACUUAAUGAAUCCAAAUAUUGUAACCAGGGUAUACAACUCUACACAUUUGAAGUAAAGAUAAAACAUUAUUUUGAUUGUUCAAUGAUCUUAGAAUUUUUGAAAGGAGAAAGUUGUAAUCAUUCUUUCUAACAAUGUAACUCCACCUUAUAUUCUCUCGUCACUGAGACUGUCAGCUGUCUUGUUCUAGUGGUGAACCUGAGUAUAUCUUGGGAUAGUCUAGCACAGUGUUUUCCCUAACAGUGUUCAGCGGAACUCUUCAGUUCCGUAAGGCUUGAAAAGAUGUUCCAUAAACUAUUGGAACAAAUAAUCAUUAGUUCUUCUCGGAAAAAAACAACAACAAAAACAAACUAUAACAACA